GCCAUUUUCUUUUUUUUCGCUUCCGCUAAUUCCCUCUUCUGUCCUCGUCAGAAAUGCAUGUUCGAGGAGACUUGAUUUUCAAUGGUUACUACUUUGUACAACUGAAUUGUUGGGUAUUUCCCAUGCAGGAUGGGUGUUGAGUACUUGGGCGGUUCUUGUGCGAGUAUAUUACUUGUAUUUGGGUUUCUUUCUUCUUUUCUACCUUUUUUCCUACCAUUUUUAGUCUCUUUUUCUUUUCUUUUUUUUUCCCUUCCUUUUCAAUGCUUUUCCCAUCCACCCCCUAUCUUCUAUUCCCUGUACGUGAUAUUUUCGGAAGUGGAUUGCGAAGGUCCCGUACAGUCUUCCUUUGUUCUUUUUUUUUCUCUGUCGGUUUCCUUCCCCCAUAUGAUCUUCUUCUCACAGGUGUAUGGAUAUACGAGUCUGGGUCAUGUUGAACCUGUCUGGAAAGCAAAAGCAAGAUAGGAUAAUUUUGUGAAAGUCAAAAGUGCAAGAUUAGGAGCUACCACACUUCUAGAGGAAGCCCAGCAAUGAAUAGAAAUCUGACACAACUAUAA